AAGUGCCAUGCAAUUUGAUUUGAUUUGGCAGCACGGAACUGCGUUACUUUGGUCAAGUCGUUGGAGGCCAGCAGUCAUCCAUUGACCGGCAUGGGCGUUUCUCCCUGCGGGGGCCAAUAAUGACAUUCAACUCCUGUACAAAGUGCCUCUUCCAUCGCGUUAGAGUGACAUACCCGCAGCCAUCUACUCCAGCUGGGCUUCCACCUAUUCCGGACUCUCACAUUCCCCCCCGCGGCCAAAAUACCAGAUUGUAUGCACGAGCAGUGGGGUUGGAGUGUUGGGGAAAGCCCGAAAGCGACGCGUUCGAGGGUUGUUCGUCCCAGACGCGUUUUAGGAACCGUGCGUUCGCUCUCACACAGGGUUGUCUGUUCCUUCGGAAACUCCUGGCAAUCCACCUCCCAACAGCAACAUGAAGCCGUUCUGUGAAUCCACAAGAAAGAUAGCCCUCCUGGCCCUCCUCCUCACCUCCUCCAGCGCAACCACCUUCACCACCCACUACGACAUCGACCUCUCCUCCCUCCUCCACCCCGGCAUCCCGCGCUACACCCCGCGCGCCGCAUCCCACCCGCCACCCCGCCACCUCCUCCGCCGACAACAAUCCCCCGACCUUACGACCCCAAUAGCCCUCGACUUUACCUGCGACCCGUCCCUCCCGCCGUCCCUCCUAACCCGCACCCAAAUCGCGCAGAUCUCCACCGGCUCAACAUCAGCCCUGCCGGGACCAGACUCAAACACAUGCACAAAAGCCCACGCCACGAUCCUCCGCGCCCUCACCCGCAUCUCGCACGUCAUCUACCUCCGCACCCCGAUCACCGUCUCCGCCCAAUUCUUCUCCUUCUGCGCGGCCGCGCAAACACCCUCAAGCACCCCGGACGACCUCACCCAGUGCAGGAACGCCGCGGAGGUGCUCGGGUCCGCCGGGCCGGCCGGGUGGCACGAAUGGAACGCGACGGCUGCGGGGGCGGUCGGGGUCGACGCGGCGUACCUGUACCCAUCCGCGUUAGCGAGACAGUACGCGCCCGCGGAGCUGGCCCUCCAACACCAAGUCGUCGACAUCUCCGCCAGUUUCAAUUCCGAGCCGCUGUGGUGGUUCCCGACCCACGACGACCCCACGGGCGGGGCGGGCGGGCCGGCGUCCACCUCGGACUCUGAUUCAUCCGCGUCGGUGUGGUCGGCGGCCCUCGCGUGGGCCAGGCAAUGGGGCGGAAGGGUGUCGCCGCCCACACGGCUCCGGGGGCAGAUCUACGAUUUCGAGCAAAUCUGCUUACAUGAACUCGUCCACGGCCUCGGGUUCAUGUCGUCGUGGUUCCCCUACCUGUCGCCGACCGCCCUCCUCCCCGCAGCCCCUCUUGUCUUGAACGGGGUGAAUGUGGGGUUGAGCAAGGAGUAUGUGUUCAACAAGUGGAUGCGCGAUGUGGCGGGGGGGAGGUGGAUGAGCGAGUGGGCGGGGGAGAUCUAUGGCGCGGCGGGGAAUGGGACGGGGAUGGAGGGAUGGGAGGAGACGUUUCGGGCGAGUGGGGCAUACGUGGUGGCUGAGCGGCUGUACAAUCGCACGGCGACGCGGCCGGGGGCCAUGGCGGUGUAUUACCCAAAGUACACGGGUGGUGGAGCGAGGAGUCGGGCCCCGGUGGAGAUGGCGUACGCGUUGCUGUACACGCCCGCGCGGUACAGCCCGGGGAGCACGAUGAGCCAUGUGGAUAACGCGGUGUAUUCGGGGACAAGGGAGGUGCUGAUGCGCGCGUUUGGGACUAGUGGGGUUGGGUUGGAUGGGUAUCGGCCGAGGGGGGAGCCGAUUGGGGAGGUCGUGCAGGGCGUGUUGGCGGCGAUGGGGUAUGCUACGAGUUUUUUUCAGCCGUAG